AUGGGUAUCGGCAUGGCGCUGAAUCUGCAGAACCACCUCGCGUCCAACGGUCUGCCGCCUCUCCGGUACAGCAACCGGACGCUUUCCCGAGGGGACGGCCUCCAGGAGGCCGGCGGUCUCCCGGAACGGGACUUUGAGACUCUCGUACUGAAGUCGACAGUGGUUUUUACAAUGAUUUCAAACGACGAGGUGCUAGACACCCUCGUCUCGAAAGCCCUGGACGCGUGGGGCCGCGCGCUGCUCGAAGGCAAGAUCUGGGUCGACACCUCGACCGUCCACCCGGACACCGCGGCGAGGUGCUCCGAGCGCCUCGCCCAGGCGGGUGUUACGUUCAUCGCGUCGCCCGUCUUCGGGGCCAGCCCCAUGGCCGCCGCCGGAAAGCUCAUCUUCGCCAUGGCCGGGCCGUCGACGGCGAUCGAGAGGGUGAGGCCCUACGUUAUCGACGUCAUGGGCAGAAGCAUCAUCGAUAUGGGCGAAGACGUCCGCAAGUCAAGCCUGCUCAAGAUAUCAGGGAACAUCUUCGUCAUUGGCUUCCAGGAGCUGACCGCAGAGGCCCAAGUCUUUGCCGAGAAGACGGGCCUCGGCACCCGCCAGAUGGAGCAGUUCAUCCACGACAUGUACGGACCGGUCAUCGAGAGCUACUCGAAGCGGAUGACAUCGGGCGCAUACGCGCCACCCCUGGGGACGCCCCCCGGCUUCGCCGUCUCCCUCGCGGCCAAAGACGCCGGACACGCGGUGAGGAUUGCAGAAGAGCACGGCACGCGGAUCCCGACCAUCGAGACGGCGUUGGCUCGCAUGGAGGCGGCAAGGAGGUUCGCGGGGGAGUCGCUGGACAGUUCGUCCAUCUAUGGAUCGGCGCGGCUGGAGGCCGGACUGCCAUUUUGGAAUGAGAACAGCAGGCAGACUAAUUGA